AAGAGCGGUAUAAGCAAAAAUAUAAACAUGGAUUCCUAACCAAAAAUAAAACAUCGGAAGCAAAACCUAAUUUUUUUGAAAAAAAGGAGGGUAAAGUCUAGAAUGAAAAUAAAAAUAUAAUUUUUAAGUACUUUGUAUAUAUUAACAAUGAACGGGAAUCGUGCUUUACUACUUGUACAUCUUAAAUGGUCACAUGUAUCUCGUCGCAUGUUAUCAGAAAGUCGAUUAACUGAUUUCCCAGUCUCUUACAAACCGAAAGAAAUUGAAGAAAAAUGGUACGGACUGUGGGAAGAGAAAGGAUAUUUUAACGUAAAAAAUGAUAAAAAUUGUCAUUACACAAUGAUUCUACCACCACCUAAUGUAACUGGUAACUUACAUUUAGGACAUGCUUUAACAACAACUGUACAGGACAUUCUUGCCAGAUGGCUCCGAAUGAAAGGCGAUUCUGUGCUGUGGAUUCCAGGCUUGGAUCAUGCUGGGAUAGCCACUCAAGCCGUUGUUGAAAAAUAUUUAUAUAAAACUAAAGGUAUUAAACGACAUGAUAUGACAGAGGAAGAAUUUUUGUCAUUUAUUUGGAAAUGGAAUGAAGAUAAAGGGUCUGCAAUAUAUCGUCAACUAAGAAAAUUAGGUGCCAGUUUGGAUUGGUCAAAACAUUAUUUUACAAUGAGUAAGUCUCACCAGGAGUCAGUUACAGAAGCAUUUAUUACUUUAUAUGAACGAAAUUUAUUAUAUCGAGAUAAAGCUAUGAUAAACUGGUCUCCUUCAUUAUGUAGUGGAAUUUCUGAUAUCGAAGUUGAUCAUUUACGAGUUAUGAAAAGAACAGAUAUAGAAGUUCCUGGGUAUAAGAAAAAAGUUACAUUUGGUCAAAUAGUAGAUAUAGCUUAUAAAUUAAAAGACUCAGAUGAAACAAUUAUUGUGUCCACUACCAGGCCAGAAACAAUAUGCGGUGAUGUAGCUAUUGCUAUUAAUCCAAAUCAUACAUUAUAUAGUCGAUACAUUGGACGUUUUGUAAGUCAUCCUUUUAAAAAUUCAUCUAUACCUGUAAUAGCGGAUGAUUCCGUUUCAUUGGAAUUUGGUACUGGUGCUAUGAAAGUCACACCUGCUCAUGAUGUAGAAGAUUAUCGUAUUGCCAAAAGACAUAAUUUAGAAAUUAUAAAUGUAAUUGGUGAGGAUGGAAAAAUGACAGAACACGCUGGACAGUUUCAGAAUCUUCCACGGUACAUUGCUCGAAACGAAAUAAUUUCGGAAUUAUCUCAAAAGGGACUUUUAAAAAGUACACGCGAUCAUGAAAUGAUAGUUCCUGUAUGCUCACGAACUGGUGAUAUUGUUGAAUAUAUGUUAAAAGAACAAUGGUUUUUAAAUUGCAAAUCAAUGGCACAACUUGCAAUAAGUGCAGUUCGUGAUAAAUCUUUAAAGAUGGAUCCACCUUUAUACGAGGAAGCUUGGUUUAGUUGGCUGAACGAUAUAAAAGAUUGGUGUCUGUCUCGUCAGUUAAUAUGGGGUCAUCGAAUUCCUGCCUAUCGAUGUGAUUAUGAAAAUCAGAGUAAGUGGCUAAUUGCCCGAUCUGAAGAAGAGGCAUUAAAAUUAGCUAGAGAAAAAUACGGCAAUGAAGUUGAAGUUAAACAAGACAAUGAUGUAUUAGAUACAUGGUUUUCUUCUGCUUUAUUACCCAGUUCUGUGUGGGGGUGGCCUAAUCAAACUGAAAAUUUCAAGAAAUUUUAUCCUCUAUCGCUUUUAGUAACAGGACAAGAUAUUUUAUUCUUCUGGGCAGCCAGGAUGACUAUGAUAGGACUUGUAUUAACUAACAAAUUACCGUUUAAGGAAUUAUUAUUACAUGGAAUUUUAUGUGAUGCUCAAGGAAAAAAAAUGUCAAAAAGUGCUGGAAAUGUAAUUUCCCCAGAAAAUGUUAUAAAUGGCAUAAGUUUAAAGGAUCUUAAUAAACAAUCUCAGGAAAGUCAUGAUUCGGGAAUACUCAGUUUCAAUGAGCUGAAACGAACUUUUUCUAUAAAUACUAAAACAUAUCCCAAUGGUAUUCCAGAAUGUGGUGCUGAUGCUUUACGGUUUACUCUCUCUUCUCUCAACAUAAAAAAUUUGACUAACAGUUUUAAUGUAGAGCAGUGUUUGUCAAAUAAAUUUUUUUGUAACAAAAUUUUACAAGCAUGUAAAUAUACUUUGCGCAUGACCAAUGAUGAUUACAUACCAAUUCCAACUGAAUUAAGUACUUUGGAUUGUUGGAUUUUAAGUAGACUGGCACAUAUGGUGAAAAUUGUUAACGACUCUCUAAGUGAAAAAUCACUGCAUAAAGCAUCAUCAGCAAUCAAACAAUUUUUAUAUUACGAAUUUUGUGAUUACUAUAUUGAAGGAACUAAAUUAGGAUUCCAAAGUGGAAAAAGUAGCCUUAUAUUAGCUCAUCAAUUUGCUCUUAUUACGUGCUUAGAGAUAUCACUCAGAAUUAUGGCACCUUUUACUCCUUUUCUGACCGAUGAAUUGUAUAUCAAAAUGUCUCAAAAGUGUCCAAAUUUUUCAUCUUUUCAGUCAUUGAUGGAAGCAUCGUAUCCUACAUUUAAAGAGCUACAGGAAUAUGAAAAUUUAGAUUUAGAAGAACAGAUGAAUACUGUCAUUAAUUCAAUUAAUAGAAUCAGGGGAUUGCUUACUAAUGUUAGCAAAAAAUUAAAUUUUGAAGUGCAUAUUGUCUCAGAAGAAUAUGAAAUGCAUUCUAAAAAUAUAAAUGUUAUAAAAGCAGUAAGCAAAAUUGAUAAUAUAAAAUUAUUAUCCUCAAAUAAUUACGUUGAAAGGAAGAAUAAUUUGUGCGACAAUACGAUGCCUAAUUGUUUGAUUUAUCUUAUUGUGGAGGAUGAUGCAGUGUUUGAAGAAUUAACAUGUAAAUUAGAAAAAAGAAAACAGAACGUAGAAAAAAAACUAUUAAAACGUUAUUCCAAAUCUACGCAUGUAGAAUAAUAAUUAAUUAAAUAAAAUUGCUAUCAAGUUGUAA